AUGCAUUUCUCCUCUGUCUUAACGUCUGCUUUUCUGUUGCUGUUUGCGCAGAUCAGAGCAACAUCAUGCGGUUGCGCCCAUCCCGUAGCUCGGCGUGAAUGGAGAACGCUUAGCGCGGCCGAGAAGGCAAGCUAUAUCUCAGCCGUCAAAUGUCUACAGUCCGAGCCCGGGUCCCUUGGCCAUCUGUUUGAUGGCGUGAGAUCCCGCUACGACGACUACUUUGCCGUGCAUAUCGACCUCACGGAACAAUAUCACUUUACUGGGCCCUUCUUACCUUGGCAUAGAUUGUUUAUUUGGCAAUAUGAGGCCGACUUGAAGAAUAUUUGUGGCUACACCGGUACCCAACCGUAUUGGGAUUGGACACUCGAUUCACGUAGCGAAGCAGCAUUCCUCGCAUCACCCGUCUUCAACCCUGCAACAGGAUUUGGUGGGAACGGCCCUUACAUUGAUAGCUCAGGCUUCCCAACCACCAACGUGCCUGUCAAGAUUCCCCACAAGACUGGAGGAGGCUGCGUCCAGGAUGGCAACUUCGUCAACAUGACCGUCAAUAUGGGACCCGGUCCGAGCACGGCCCACAACCCUCGCUGCCUGGCUCGGGACUUUAGCCCAUGGCUUGCCACCCGCACCAUCAACUCGACUGUUGUCUCGUGGACCUUGUCUGCAGACAGCUUUUCCCUGUUUGACCGCCGUAUCCAAGGGCUGGGCCUCGGGGUCGAUGGUAUGACGAGUCAUGCUGGCGGCCACUUGAGCGUCGGCGGUGAUAUCGGAGAUAUGGGCAACAUGUACUCGUCUCCCGGUGACCCGCUCUUCUAUCUUCAUCAUGCCAACAUGGACCGUCUCUGGAACCAGUGGCAGCGAGGCAAAUGGGGCAGACGCAAGGGCGAUAUCACCGGACCGGACACCAUGUUUGCGUACCCUUACAACUUCAACGGCGAUAUCCCGUACAAAAACAUCACACUUGACACUGUGCUCAACUACCGGGAGCUACUUCCAACUAGCCGGCCCGUCAAGAUCAAGGACGUGAUGGACACUGAGAGCGGACGAUUCUGUUACAAAUACACGUGAUAGCAUCGCGCUUGAGGACCCUGGGAGGAGAGCUUACUUCUCCUUAUUCGUUUCCCACUCUCCAAUGUGCUCCAUUAGAAGGUUGAACCCUAGAACCUACCAGCAUUGAGGCUGUAGAGGUCUCAUGUAUGGAACAGAGCUUAAAGUCCAAGAUGACUGCGGCGCUCUGCGGACUUUUCAGCAUAUAGAGUUGCUUUUUAGCCUGUACUUGGAUUUUAUUUUUUUUCAUAUUCUCAUCAUCCUCCUACCCAACACAAUAAUGAAAUCACCGGAUCUACUAUUCAGAAUGUCAGUCAAGAAUAAGGAUGGGUCAAUCUAUCCGCCCACUUGUCCUGUUUGUUUGUUGGUUAUACACCCCAGGCAUACCUCCAAUUCUUUCAUAAUUUGAGAACAACAGAAAAAGGGGAUCUAGA